AUGUCAGCAUAUAUACAACCAGCCGACGACGUCCUCCGCGACACCAACGACAUCGGACAGAUCGGCGAAGGCGGCGACGGCGCAGUACACGUCUUCCGCGGCGCUCCCGGGCACGCCUUUGCCGUCAAGUACUACAAAGGCGAGGAGACGACGACCUACAUCAACGAAUGCAACACCCUCACCUUGCUCAAAGACCUGCGCAGCCCGCAGGCGCCACCGGUAAUUGAGAUCUUCGCGGCAGACGACCCCAGCACGCCUCACCACCGGCGCAUCGUGCUGGAGUACUGCCCGGCGGGCGACCUGCGCGAGUACGGCCUGAUGCACCACAAGUUCCAGCAGCGCGUGGAGGAGGUGACGCUAUGGCGGUUCUACCGGAACCUCGUGGACGGGCUGGCGUUCCUUCACUCGGGGUACGGCACGCGGCACUACGGCUCGACCUGGCGCCCUAUCGUACACCGGGACAUCAAGCCGUCGAACAUCCUGCUGCGGCUGACGGGCUGGAACCUCGCGGUGCCGCACCAAGUCGUUCUGGCCGACUUCGGCCGCGCCGCCUUCUUCAACCUACACGAGCCCUUCUUCGAGGGCGGCACGCCCAACUACACGCCGCCGGAGCAGCCGUACGCGGGGACCGAGGGCGACGUGUGGGGCGUUGGCGCCAUCAUGCACUUCCUCGCGCUGGGCAAGCCGCCGAUCGCGGAUGCAAGUGAGUGGCCCCGCCGCGCGCCCAUGAGCGACGACGACUGGCGUGAGAUUCCGCGGAAGGCGUACCCCCUGGUGCCGAAGUACUCAUCGCAGCUGGAUAGGUUGGUUCUUCGGGCUUUGGCGUUUAACCCGUUGGAGAGGUGGACGGCGAUGCAGCUCGUGCAGGCGAACUGGCCGGUCGGGACCGCGGAUGACGAGGCGGACGUGCCGAUGACGAUUCUGGAUGAGGAGUAG